AUGGACCUAAAUCAAGAAUUCACUCCGGGAAUGCUGUCAUUCACCGAGCAGACCGAUUUUGACUACGCCGCCUUUCUCCAAGCUGACGAUAUCAUGUUUGGCGGCGAGGGUGCCCAGACCCAACAGCAAGUACCAUCAGAUUCCUCAGACAAAGCUACCCCACCAAGCACAACAUCAGGGUCUAGUAGUGAACUGGUUGCUCGAACGUCUACUCAGAAACAAAGGCUUGAGCGAAGAGGCCAUACCAAGAGUCGAAGAGGUUGCUACAACUGCAAGAGAAGGCGUAUCAAGUGCCAGGAGACUCGGCCUGCGUGUGGUCACUGCACCAAGACGGGCCUGAAGUGCGAGUAUCCAUCCAUGCCUCAGAUCACACACCAGCCGCAUCACCAGAUUCCUCUAUUCAGUCUCCAGGAUAUGCGCUUCUUCCAGCACUUCCUUACGCAAUGCUACCCCCAUCAUCCUCUGAAGCAAGAGGAUGUCUGGACCCAUGAGAUCCCAUGCAUUGCUCACAACCAUGAAUACCUUAUGCACGCAAUCCUCGGUUUCUCGGCAUCCGAACUUAUGAGGAAUGACGCCAGUAUUGUUUCGUCAGCCAUGAACCACCGUAUCAAGGCAAUAAGAGCAAUCAAGAAGCGUCUGGCUGAGACUGCCAGAAGCUCAAUGGACCACGAGGAAGCGAACGCCAUGGUAGCUACCUGCUACGCACUUACAUUCCAGUCCGUGAGCCUGGAUGAUGGAUUGGCGGAAUAUCUGACCUUCAUCCGUGGUAUCAUGAUUGUGGGAAUGCAAAUGUUGUUCCGAGGUAUAAAACCGAUAUUUGAAAAUAUGCUGGAACCGGAUCAGGAUGCCUUACUUGAACCCCUGAUGCAGGGUCUCCCACUAAUCCCAAAGGGCUAUACAGACUCUGCAAUGGAGGCUCUUACGAACCUCAAGCCAUUGUGUGCGCGGCCAGUCGAGGUUGAGUAUCAUCAGCAUCUCGUCAAAAUGGUCGAAAAGCUCUACAUCAACUCGUGGGAUGCAUAUAAAGCAUACACAUCACAAUACGGCUGGUGGAUGUUGCUUCCACACGACACCUUCCAAGCUCUCAUUGAUCCCGAUAACCAGGUCAUGAUGCUGCUUCACUCACAUUGGGUCGCCAUCAACGAGAUCAUGUCUCCUAUCAGUGGGCAAGAACGGAAUGUAUCUGAAAAGUACCCUCCACAGAGAGAUGACCAGCCACAACUUGAUCCUGGUUUUGCUCGAUGGCUUAAACAUAUCAAUGCUAAUAUCGACCUUGGGCACCAAAGUUACAAUCAGUGGCCGAUGUGGGUGGAGGAGCAGUUGGAUGAUGAUAUUACUUUCUUUGGAAGGGCUUGA